AUGGACAAUUUCCUCUCCCGCAUGCUUUUGUUUCCUCCUCAUCCAGCGCCCUUGGUACCUCUCACGGAUUUGCAAUAUGACACUGGCAUCACAUCACAAAUCGAUAGUUUAAAGAAGACCUCCGAUAAGACAUUGUUACAGUCGACUGCGGGUGAUGAAAGUCCUUUAGAUGUGAUCAACCCCUCAUUAAAUACAGUCCCAUACAUCUACGUUCUAAGAGCCCACAUCGCCGCAGCUCAUAAAGGCGAGAAGGGGAUCAACGUCAAUGACUUAUGGGAGAAGGCGACAGCCUUUUUACAUAGUUUCGAUAAGAGGCAGAUUCGAUACCUUGGUAAAGAGAUACAAGAUGUCAUAGAAUUUGUAGCGCAAGUUGCUUCGGAACAACGUCAGCCAGGUGCUGCCAUCCCCCCAAUUCGGGAAGCCAUACUUCGAAUCGACCCCUCAGGAUCGGUCCUUACCUCAAACCAUACAUAUCUUGUCCGAUUGGCUCUCCAAACACGUUAUUUUGCUGCCAUUACAGAACUUAUUGACAAACCUAUCCUUUAUAUACCUGCCAAACAACCAGUUUCAUACACACGUUAUCUUUGCGAAGUCGACCUACCUGCACAAUCCUAUGUGACAAUCAAAUCGAGCUUUUCCACCAAACUAAAUCCUCUCGAGAUUCUAGAGUAUUUUUAUUUCAGUGGAUCAAUCUAUAUUGGUUUGCAACGAUGGGACGCUGCAUUGGAGAUGUUGGAGAAUGCUAUAAUAUAUCCAUCAAAUGAUAAUAGCGUGAGCCUUGUCAUGGUCGAGGCAUAUAAAAAAUGGUUACUCGUUGGACUUCUUCAAUAUGGAAAGGUCCUCCAACUUCCAAAAACCACUUCUGCGGCUGCCGCUAAAACAUACCACAUUAUUGCGAAACCAUACGAAGCUAUUGCCGGUAUCUUUGAAACUGGAUCAGCGGCACGAUUAAAGAGCGAGGCCGAAUUUGGUCGACAAAUAUGGUCUGAUGAUGCUAAUUUCGGUUUAAUCUGCUGUGUUCUGGCUGCUUAUCAAAAGUUUCAGAUCCGUAAUCUUGCCAACGUCUAUUCGAAAAUUGGAGCUGCAGAUAUCAUGAGUCUUACGAUGAGCGCAGAAACUGGUGCAAAGUUGACUUCAAUCAAACAGAUUGAAGAUCUUAUACAGAGCAUGAUCGCCGAAGGCACUUUGCCUGCAACUAUGAUUCGAGAUCAAUCUGGCCAUGCAGUCAUUACGUUCUCGCCAACCGGACCCGUCCUUUCGGAGACCCAAGUUCAAAAUGAUUUAGUGGCGUCGACUCGACGUAUCCAAUCAUUAGCCAAACAAAUCAAAGUCACGGAUAGAGUUUUGACACAUGACAAGCGAUAUAUCGAUAGUGCUCAGAAGGCCCAGUUGAAGCUGAAAAAUGCUGCCAGCGCUGGUGGACCAGCAGAACCUUUGGACUGGAACUCUAUAAUUGAGGACGAGGAUAUAAUGAUGGAGACAUAG